UGCUGCUGUGUCUGUACGUGUGCAGUGAAUGGGCAGAGCUGUGUUGCUGUGCCUGUGUUGUAGAGUUCGUACGGUAACUGAGGAGCAUCAAGAGCAGUCAGUCUGUCCGGCCUAUAAGUCAACGAUUCAUCCGAUGGCGUUUGAGAAACGAAGAACAAUUCCUCUCGUAAGCGGUUUGACUGGCGGCAGCGAUACCAAGCCGCUAUUUCUUGAUCCGAAAAUGAAGUUUAGCUCCAGCUUUCAUCAGUCUCCAGCCACAGCCGAUGCAUUUCUUCUGUCGCUUCCCCAUAUCGGCCUAGCCGAUGCAGCACUUCCCUGUGAUGCGGCACCAUUUUAUGGAAUCUGACAUGGACUAUGAGAGGCCAAAUGUCGAGACAAUCAAAUGUGUGGUGGUUGGAGACAAUGCAGUUGGAAAGACCCGUCUUAUCUGUGCCCGGGCCUGUAACGCAACGCUUACACAGUACCAACUACUUGCCACCCAUGUGCCCACUGUCUGGGCAAUAGAUCAGUACAGAGUCUGCCAGGAGGUUCUAGAAAGGUCAAGGGAUGUGGUGGAUGAUGUCAGCGUGUCCUUGCGUCUCUGGGACACUUUCGGGGACCAUCACAAAGACCGCAGAUUUGCGUAUGGCAGGUCUGAUGUGGUGGUGUUGUGUUUCUCCAUUGCAAACCCAAACUCACUCCACCAUGUGAGGACGAUGUGGUACCCUGAGAUCAAGCAUUUCUGUCCCAGAGCUCCUGUUAUCCUAGUGGGCUGCCAGCUCGACCUGCGGUACGCUGACCUGGAGGCAGUGAACAGAGCUCGCAGGCCACUGGCCAGGCCCAUUAAACCCAAUGAGAUAUUGGCGCCAGAGAAAGGUCAUGAGGUGGCUAAAGAAAUAGGCGUCCCUUAUUAUGAGACCAGCAUAGUUGCUCAGUUUGGGGUUAAGGAUGUUUUCGACAAUGCCAUCCGUGCAGCCCUCAUUUCCCGUCGUCAUCUCCAAUUCUGGAAGUCGCAUUUACGAAAUGUUCAAAGGCCACUCCUGCAAGCCCCCUUCCUUCCCCCUAAACCCCCUCCACCCAUUAUCACCGUUCCUGCACCUCCCAGUAAUAUCGAAGAGCACCCUAGUCGACUGUUGGAGGACACGCUCUGCGCCGACGUCAUCUUAGUCCUCCAGGAAUGCCAGAGAAUCUUCGCCCACCGUAUCUACCUUGCCACAUCCUCCUCCAAGUUCUAUGACCUCUUCUUGACCGAACCUCGGGGUCCUGAAGAGACCGAACGGGAGCGAGAACGUCCCAGAGGGCCACCGCUUUCUGGCCGCGAUUUGCUAAUGCGCGCAGCUAGUUUUGACGUUUGUGAAAGUAGUGACAAUGGAGAUAGAGCAAACUUGCGUGCCUGCACCAGUGAUGGAACUCUUAAAGGUGACGGAUAUCGUCGUGGUCGUUUACUCCCAGCCUUGAGUCGUGCUUUCAUUAGCAUCCAAGAAGAAAUGGUGGAUGACCCCAUCACCUUCAACCCUAGAAAAAUGACAGUUGUUCACAUGGACCCUUCAAUGCAGCCUGGUCCAUUCCGAUCGGUGUUGCGGUACCUGUAUACAGGUAAACUAAAUGACCAGGAGAAGGAGCUAAUGCAGGUGGCCCACAUCGCAGAGCUGCUGGAAGUUUUUGACCUGCGUAUGAUGGUGGCCAAUAUUCUGAACGAUGAGGCCUUCAUGAAUCAGGAGAUCACCAAGGCCUUUCACGUGAGACGCACCAAUAGAGUGAAAGAAUGUCUUGCCAAAGGGACCUUCUCUGAUGUGGUGUUCAGGUUGGAUGAUGGUACCAUCAUGGCCCAUAAACCGCUGCUUAUCUCGAGCUGUGAUUGGAUGGCAGCCAUGUUUGGUGGACCAUUUGUGGAGAGUUGUACAAAAGAGGUGCUGUUCCCAAACACUACGCGGAGCUGCAUGCAUGCUGUGCUGGAGUAUCUCUAUACCGGCUGCUUCUGCUCUCGACCAGAUCUGGAUGCCAUGGAGCUCAUUGUUCUAGCAAACCGCCUCUGUCUGCCUCACCUGGUAGCGCUGACAGAGCUGUACACUGUGAAGGUACUGACAGAAGCUGCUAUGAUGGGAGCAGAUAUAGAUGGAGAUGUUCUGCUCUAUCUGGACAUGGCCCAGUUCCACUGUGCUCAUCAGCUGACCAGCUGGUGCCUCCAUCACAUCUGCACCAACUACAACAGAGUCUGUCGCAAAUUCCCUCGUGACAUGAAGGCCAAAUCUACAGAAAACCUGGAGCACUUUGAGAAACAUCGCUGGCCUCCAGUGUGGUAUCUAAAGGAAGAAGAUCACUACCAGCGGGCGCGCAAAGAGCGUGAGAAGGAAGAUUACCUGUACCAAAAGCGCCAGUGUAAACGCAAGUGGCUCUUCUGGAAUAUACCGUCUUCACCGUCCUCCAAUUCUCCGUCUUCUCCUGGUUCUUCCGCAGUCAUCUGAUCGGCUCUCAAGGUGCAUGACCCACCUAACAGCCCUAAAUGUUGGAUAUAAACACACAACAAGGAAUGAUAGCCUUUUUCAACUCUAUAAAGAUGACCUGUUCACAUUUUCAGUUGAGCAAAAUGCCCAAGCCCUGCUUUUAGCUGCUGAAGAACAAGCAAAAAUGAAAUGGGAUGGAGAACGCAAGUUUAAGCAACACGAGGCUUUGACUAAAAGCACAUUGCUGAGUCUUUCUACCGGUUGGAUUUUUCAUUGAAUCCGCUUUGACAUCCUACUGUGACAUCAUAUCCUGCAGUAUUAGAGUGCUGCUCAAUUUGCUGUUAAAAGACAAUCUUCGCUCAGCAUUGAUUCCCCAAACAUAACCGUAUCUUAAUCUGUAUAGGAACAUACAUGGCAGGACUGCACACAUUCAUAACGUGAAAUGCUAUUAAGUGCUUUUCAGCUCUGAAAUACUGAGAACACAGCAACAUUUUAGAGCAACCAGCAAACAUAAUCUACAAUCAAACCACUUCAACAGACCGAUGUUCUCAAGAUUCAAAUGGUGUCCACUGUUCAAUAUCUAAAGGUAUUAUUCAUUUUACAUUUAUAGGUUGGUGGAGGGCCACAAGCGCACAUGACUCCAAAGAACUGCAUCAGUCCAUAGCCAUGUUGUGGGUUCAGUGUGAGUUAAACUCCAUUGGCAGCAUCUGGCAUAACGUUGAUUACAGAGAAUCAGAAGAUGCCAUGUACAAUGGAAAAACAUCGCCAGGAAAGAGACACUCAAAAUGCAUACCGUACAGACAAAGUACAAGACUUAAAGUUGCAGUGAAGUAGUGACUUUUCUUCUGAAUUAAGACACAACUCUUAGUGAAAUAGAUUAUAGGGAAAAAAUGGAAAAAUGUAGGGCAGGGACUUGGUUCUAUUGGCUGGAUGGAGGCAGAUAUUCAUGAUACUGCAAUAAGAUAGAUAGAUAGAUAGAUAGAUAGAUAGAUAGAUAGAUAGAUAGAUAGAUAGAUAGAUAGAUGCUUUUCUUCCAUUUAAAAAAAAAUCCAAAAAUAUUAAACAGCACAAAAGUUAUCAAUACUGAUAAUAAGAAAUGCUUUUUGAGCAGCAAAGCAACAUAUUACACUUAUUUCUGAAGGACCAUGUGACAUUGAACACUGGAGUAAUGAUGCUUAAAAUUCAGCUUUGAUCACAUCGAAUACAGUUAUUUGAAACUGUAAUAAUAUUUCAGAACUUUUACUGUAGUUUUAAUCAAACAAAUGCAGCCUUGGUGAGAUAUAACAGACUUUUGGAAAACUCAAAACCUAUCAAGGGCAAAGUUUUGAACCAUAGUGUGUUUUCCGUGCUAAUCAACAUUAUGCCUGUCGAUACAGUUUAACUUGAAUUGAACCCGUUUUGCCACUUUAUACAUGACUAGAGCAUUUAAUUUCUAUUCCUGCUCUCUAUCGGUUUUCAGGCUGAGUGUUACUCGUGCACAAUAGAAAAUUCCUUUGAGACUCUUUGUUUUUCCUGCACACUGUGGUGUACAUUUUGGACUGUGACGCAUUCUUAAUUUCGUCCUCGCAGUUAUUGUAACCUCAGCUGACAAGUAUGGAAAUCGUACAAAUUCACGUACAAAUUCAUAUGAUUGUUGUCAAAUCGUACGUAUUUUACGAGUUGCACAAUUCGUAUGAAUUUGUACGAAUGACCUACACCUAACCCCGCCCCUAAACCUAACCGUCACUGGGGUUUAGACAAAUCGUAUAAAAUUGUACGAGUGAGGUCAUACGAGUGAGGUCGUACAAAUGCGUACGAAUAAGCCACCUAGUAAAAUAUGUACGAAUUGGUCGUGAGAUAGCGUUGCAACCGGUUGACACAAAAAUCAGCAUUUACUGACACAAUGUAAUGUUUUUUGUGCUAUAACAAGAAGUAGUUAAGGUUUACAUCAAGAUUGAGAGCGCUGCAUUUUUGUCUUGAUAACAGUAUUCUGGAAAACAGUAACAACCUGUGAUAUUAUAACUAAAUACUUCAAAACAGGACCCCGGGUGAACAGUCACACCGGGCUUCUCUACAGGGAACAUAAAGAGUGCCUGAACACUGCUGACAUUCAAAGUGUGGGCACCAGCUGCUGUCUUUACCAAAGUAAGCUUACUUCUGCUUCAUAAGCUGGAUGACAUCAGUCUGCCACCCAUAAAACACUAUUUGAAAUGUUCCCAGAUAGCUUUCGGAUGAGUUUCACAGGCAGGCCUGUGACAAUCCCACGAUGCAUCGCUGCAUGCCACAUUUAAGUAGUUAAGUAGAGGGUUUCCUACAGUACACCUGCUAUAUUUCAGCAUCCCAUACCUGAGGGACACUUCAGGGUAUUUUCAUAUACCUAGUAGUCACUUAGGAAAAGGUAUUUAUAUGGCUAUUCCAAUACUAUAAAGAAAAACAAUGGAAAAUUGAACAAUGCAAUGCAAGGCAGUAUUUAUGGUGCGUUAGCUCACCAUACAGGAGCAUGGUUCAUAUAAACACCUUGCCAUUUGAAUGUUUCUGAUCUAGCACAUGCGAUAGUUGUAGAAGUGAAUAGCACCUUAAAUAUACAGUAGAAUGGCUUAUUAUAAGGAAAUACAGUAGUUUCAUAGUACCAGAUUGAGCUUUAGACUGAAUAAAGGUAUAAUAUAAAUCACCCCGUGUAGAGUAAAAAGCAUUCUGCCAUGCAUUUUCCACCAGUUGUAAACAAAUCAAUAUAAGAGAAUGUUUUUUUUUUGUUUGUUUCUGCUUUAAUAAAUCAGAUUAAGAGCUGAUCUGCAUGUGCAAGGAACGCUGGCAGCGAGGGGAUGUUGAGGAAUAUUGUUUCAUUUAGAAACCCAUAAAUAUAUGCUGAGCUUUGGAUGUAGAUCUAGAACAAUACAGAUUGAGUUCCUUCUGUUAGAAAAUACAUGAUGGACUGUUAAUCUUUCAGUGGGACGAGUGAAGAUUUGUUCCUAUCUUACUAAGCAUUUGUAAUAGCCCUCAGGAACAUUCUUACUCUUGUCAUUGACUUAAAAGAUGAAGUGUUUUAUCCUAAAGAGUAAAGUGUUACAAGAAAUUAAAAGGCGAUUUGGAAAUGAAUGAUUUUAACGAAUGCUCGGUUUCUAUAAAAUACAAGAAAUGUUUGAUUGCUGUACAUUUCACAGACAACUGCAUCAGCCUGAUAUGAAAAUGUUCUACUUGUGUUGACUUUUAGUUACCAUUAUAGAACAUUUACAGUUAUGUAACACUUUUAUAUAAAGCAAAAUAGAAGUGAUGAAUAUGAAUGUAUUGAAAUAUGACAGGUAUCAGUUUGAUUGUACACAUUUUGAUCUUCCCAGAAUUUAUUACUCCGAUGUUGCUCUUUCAGAGUUCAAAUUUAAUGAAUUUCUGUUGCAUUUACUGUAUCAAAUGUCCUAGCAUUCCAUAUGAGAGAUUAAACAAAUGAGACGGUUGUUAACGUGAUAACAAUAUGUGCUCAAAUUUGCUGAUAAUUUGACUCCCUCUCAAGCCAUCCAAGAUUUAGAAGAGCUUGUUUCUGCAUCAGAACAGAUUUGGCGAAAUUUACAAUUAUAUCAGUGGCUCACCAAUGGAUCUUCUGCAGUGAAUGGGUGCCGUCAGUAUGAGAUUCCACGCAGCUGAUAAAAACAUCACUGCAAUUUACACCACUCCAGUCCAUCAGUUUAUGUUUUGUGAAGUCAAAAGCUGUGUGUUUGUAAGAAACAAAUCCAUCAUUAAGGCAUUAUGAAAUGUAUGAUUUUUUUUUAUGAAACAUUAAGGUAUUAUUGAAAAAAGGCCCUCUCCUGUCAUCCUCUCAUAUUCGAAUCCACCCACAUGUUUGUUUUGGACUGUUUUGGCUUGUAAACAGUGCUUGAUCUGUGCAUAUUUCACUCCUGAUUCAGACGAGAUUACUUUUUCACUGGAGAAAUUAAUAUUAUGGACAGAUCACUCAUUUUAGCUGGAAACAGUGGUUUAGACUUGAAACAUCUUGAUGUUUUUUUGUUUUUCUUACAAUCAUGCGGUUUUUUCCUUCAUAAGAUGUAAACUAAAGGACUGGAGUGGUGUGGAUUGCUUGUGAAUUAUUGUGAUGUUUUUUAUCAGCUGUUUGGACUCUUGGCACCCAUUCACUGCAGAGGAUCCAUUGGCGAACAAGUGAUGCAAUGCUACAUUUCCCCAAAUCUGAUGAAGAAACAAAUGGAUGAGUAAAUAUUCAACAAGUUCAUUUUUGGGCGAACUAUUACUUUGAGCAUUCAGUCUCAUUCAGAGAUCUAAUUUGUGAUUUUUAUCUCUUAUGAGAUACAUUUGAAUAAGCCACGAUUCACCUAGUAAAGAUUGUAGAAACUCUCUGUGAGCAAAAUAAGUCAAACUAAUCCUGUGGCUGUACAUCACAUCGAAGCAAGUUACUCAGAGCCUUGUGUUCCCGAUCUGUUGCUGCAGAGAAGAUACCCUAAGCCUUAAUGUAAAGUACACAAGCAGAAACGUUGAUGGUAUUCACUGUUUGUAUUUGAAAUGUAAUGAAUCCUUUAUGUAUUAUAUGUGUUAUACAGCAAAUGCAUAUUGUGUAAAAUCUGUGUCAUAUUGUGUGAUAGUUAUUCAGCUAGUC